CCUGGAUUUUGGGGAGUGGGGGUGGGCGGGGAGGAGGACCCAAAGGGGAAAAAGGACUCUGUGAGGGAGUCGGUGAGAGACUAUGGGGAAGGACCAGGAGCUGCUGGAAGCUGCUCGCACUGGAAAUGUGGCUCUGGUGGAGAAACUCCUGUCUAGCAGGAAAGGAGGGAUCCUGGGCGGUGGAUCCGGACCCCUGCCCCUAUCUAAUCUGCUAAGCAUCUGGCGAGGCCCCAAUGUGAACUGCACAGACAGUUCGGGUUACACUGCUUUACACCACGCAGCCUUAAAUGGACAUAAGGACAUAGUUCUCAAACUACUUCAAUAUGAGGCAUCAACAAAUGUAGCAGACAACAAAGGUUAUUUUCCUAUUCACUUGGCUGCCUGGAAAGGAGAUGUGGAAAUUGUGAAGAUUCUUAUUCAUCAUGGACCGUCACAUUCCAGAGUCAAUGAACAGAACAAUGAAAAUGAAACUGCUCUACACUGUGCAGCUCAGUACGGACACUCGGAAGUAGUUGCUGUUCUCCUAGAAGAGCUCACCGAUCCUACCAUCAGGAACAGCAAGCUAGAAACACCUUUGGACCUGGCAGCACUCUAUGGACGGCUUAGAGUGGUCAAAAUGAUCAUCAGCGCACACCCUAACUUAAUGAGCUGCAACACUCGAAAGCACACACCGCUACACCUCGCUGCACGUAAUGGUCACAAAGCAGUUGUCCAGGUGCUGUUGGAAGCAGGAAUGGAUGUGAGCUGUCAAACAGAAAAAGGGAGUGCACUUCACGAAGCAGCUUUGUUUGGAAAGGUGGAUGUUGUGAGAGUUCUAUUAGAAACAGGAAUUGAUGCCAACAUAAAGGAUAGCUUAGGUAGAACUGUCUUAGACAUUCUGAAAGAACAUCCAUCUCAGAAAUCUCUCCAGAUUGCAACACUCUUACAAGAAUAUUUAGAAGGUGUGGGAAGAUCAACAGUCCUUGAAGAACAGGUGCAGGAAGAUACAACACAAGAAACACACAUUUCAUCUCCUGUUGAGUCUCCUUCCCAAAAGACCAAAAGUGAAACAGUGACUGGAGAAUUAUCGAAACUCUUGGAUGAAAUAAAGCUCUGUCAAGAAAAGGAUUAUUCUUUUGAAGAUUUGUGCCAUACAAUAUCAGACCACUACUUAGAUAAUUUGAGCAAGAUUUCAGAGGAAGAACUUGGGAAAAAUGGAAGCCAGAGUGUAAGAACUUCAUCUACAAUAAAUUUGUCACCAGGAGAAGUGGAAGAAGAAGAUGAUGAUGAAAACACCUGUGGGCCUUCAGGACUCUGGGAAGCAUUAACUCCUUGUAAUGGAUGUAGGAACCUUGGCUUCCCCAUGCUUGCACAGGAGUCCUAUCCAAAGAAGAGGAAUUACACUAUGGAAAUUGUACCAUCUGCUUCCCUGGAUACAUUUCCUUCAGAAAAUGAGAACUUUCUAUGUGAUCUCACGGACACAGCAGUUACAAAGAAACCCUGCUCCUUAGAAAUUGCCAGGGCCCCUUCCCCAAGAACUGAUAAUGCCUCUGAGGUAGGAAUUACUGCUCCAGGAACUAGUAACCAUAGAAACAGCUCAACAGGCCCAACUCCUGACUGCUCGCCUCCAUCCCCCGACACUGCCCUCAAAAAUAUUGUAAAAGUUAUUCGACCCCAGAUGGACUCAGAACAUGGAAUUGGUGGUGUUCUCAACCUGGCUCACUCUGAAUGGGCCUCAUAA